AUGAUCUCCUCCAUCAGAGAUGCUGGACUUCAAUACAGCCAACAUGAUGCCUCCUCCACCCCUGCCACAUGUGGAUCCACCUGCCACCCUCUUCGUACCAAUCUGGCUUUGGACGGCCUCUUGUCAAAGCCUGAGGUCAAAGCGAGCUCUGUCAUCAUAAUGGGCAAUGCUCUUGCACCUAGUGACACCAUUGCAUCUUUGGCAUUCAUGACUCAGCAAUCCUCAACCUCUAUGAUCUCUGAUUUUGAAGACUCUGCUUUGGUGUCUCUUUGGACAGAACUGCUUGUCCCCUCUUUGCAAUAUAAUAUCACCGACAAGUCCAGAUCUCCAUCUUCUACCAUGCUGAUGGAGCACAUUGACACCAAUGCUCAUCCAAACCAUACUGCUGCCACUUUGAUGACAGCAAUUGUUCCUGAUUUGCUCCUACCAGCUUCUAUCAUCAACUUUCCUUCAAUGCCUUCAAAGACCUGGCUGGGAAAGAUUGACAAUAUCAUUGCCUGGACCAAAGAAGCCAGUUACAACCUUGCCAAUCCUUCUGACAUGUUGUCAUUGACAUGGGGUACACUCAAGAAAAAAGAAGAUGUUGUUCUCCAUGAUGGAGAAAGCAUGGCCUAUUUGACUUUGGUUGCCUGCAUGUCUGAUGGAAACUUCAACCUCACUCCUCAUGGUGGGUGGCAAAAACACAGCAAGUUUCCUUGUGAUCUGUCCAAGCAGAAGGCUAUGGCCAUCCUGGCAAAGGCUUGGAAUCUACAGCACUUGCAGCAGAAGUGCACUGUUCCCAGAACUGACAUCCCCUCUGUCAUCAAGGAUGGAGGUAUCAAAAUCAGUUGGCCUUUAUUCAAGAAACAGCCCACCCUGGCUGAGGAUGUCUGGGAGGAUUCUAAUUCAGAUGGUGUCACUGACAACCAGUGUUGUGGAGACCUUGCAGAUGAUGCAUGGAACGACUGGACAGUUCCUUACAACAUCAUGCAUGAACUCGCCCUCUUGAAGUUGAUGCACAUGCCACUCUGUCUUCCUGCAUAUGGGCUGCAUGGCAAUCUGAUAUCUCCUUCUUCAUGGAAAGAGUGCCAUGGUAAAGGUUAA